UGUUACCCGUCGCUAUCCCGCCACCACGACUGCGAGUAGAUUGUGCAGAAACUGUAGUUCACGUGCUUGUAGUUACGAAGUCAGGAGUAUAAAGUGCCAUAUUGCUAUGAUAAGAAAGAUUAUUCCACACCCUAAUACGAGACCCUUGAAUCAUUGUUUGAUGUAAGCGGUCGAUCAGUGCGUAACAGGAAAAAUGGCGGUUAGUUUGCCUGUCAAUCUGGCCGGCCACUGACAAUAAUGUAAGAAGUGGGUAUUGCUCUACGCCCACAUGCCUAUUGAAUGCCGAUAAGAACAUAGUGGAUUUCUUGUUAAGCACCGCAUGUGCCGCGCACAGUCACCAUGAGUAUUUUAAGAAAAAGAUUAUAUGAAUUCGAUGAUGCACUAAACGCUGAAGAAAUAGAUCUCAUUAAUCUCAAACGAUUAUGCUUCCAUGGAAUACCGGAUGAAGGAGGUUUGAGACCUCUAUGCUGGAAACUUUUAUUAAAUUAUCUACCUUCAACAAGAGCCAGUUGGUCAGAAACGCUUAUUCGUAAAAGAACACUUUAUAAAACGUUUAUUGAGGAUCUCAUUGUCACGCCAGGUGAAGCAAAUAGUGAUGGAGAAAGAGUAGAUGUUACACUUCACGAUCAUCCAUUAAAUUUAAAUCCUGAUAGUAAGUGGCAAACCUACUUUAAGGAUAAUGAAGUUCUUCUACAAAUAGACAAAGAUGUUAGGAGAUUAUGUCCAGAUAUAUCGUUCUUCCAACAAGGCACCGAUUAUCCACGUAAAGAGAUUGUAAAUGCUAAUGGACAGAGACGUUUACAUCAUAGAGUGCAACAUACAGUUUUAAGAAGUGCAAAUGUAGAGAGAAAGGGACUGGGUAUCACUAAGCAGAUAGCAGUAUCUAUUAGAAAAGCUACAGAAGAUUAUGCACCACUAGCGGAAGGUGGUGAAGCUCAUUGGGAAGUUUUAGAAAGGAUACUCUUUCUGUAUGCCAAAUUAAAUCCAGGACAAGGAUAUGUACAGGGUAUGAAUGAAAUUGUUGGACCUAUAUAUCACGCAUUUGCUUGUGAUCCUGACCAAAACUGGAGAGAACAUGCAGAAGCAGAUACAUUUUUUUGCUUCACCAAUCUGAUGAGUGAGAUCCGUGACUUCUUUAUAAAAUCACUGGAUGAAGCUGAGUUUGGAAUAAAUUCGAUGAUGGGUAAGCUCACAACUCAAGUCAAAGUUAAUGAUCCUGAAGUUUGGAUGCGUUUGCAUCAACAAGAAUUAUGUCCACAAUACUAUAGCUUCAGAUGGCUAACGCUUCUUCUCUCACAAGAAUUUCCAUUACCCGAUGUCAUGAGAAUUUGGGAUUCUCUUUUUGCUGACGAGAAUAGAUUCAGUUUUUUGAUACAUAUUUGCUGUGCCAUGAUUUUACUCUUGAGGGACCAAUUACUUGCUGGAGACUUUGCUACAAAUGUUAAACUUUUACAAAAUUUUCCUUCGGUUGACAUCCAAAUAGUACUUUCUAAGGCAGCUGCAUUGGCAGGCAAAAGUCUGAACUCAUCGUAACGUGUAAUAGUGCUGUUUCGUAAAGAAUUGAAAGUAUAAACGAAUCGUUUGGAAUGGAGUGCUUAAACAUCCUUCAAAGGUAUAUAUUCCUAACGCUGUUAUACCCUUUGUUUCUUCUUAUUUCUCUCAUUUUCUCAUUUCUACAAUGCAAAUUAUGAUCUUACACAUAGGCCUGAGCAUCCUUACGCGAACAACUUAUCAGAACUAAAAGAGUCGUUCUAAAUGGUUCGCAUAGAU